CCGGGUCCAGGCAACGCCGCCGCUGCUUUCCUUAGACCCGUUCCACCAUCUCGGCCGUACACCGCACGACCAACCCCCGCCCCCGUCGCUGGGCUCCGGCGAGGCCCGCCGGCGGUUGCCCGUGAGCUCCGCAGCUAGGCUCCUCCUCUCCGCCAUCCCGCAGCAUCUCCUCUUCCUCUCACGAGCUAUCUCGCGGGCGCUCUGGCCUACCCAAGCUCCAGCCCGACCCCGCUGUGCCCUAGCGCUGCCGCCGUGCGCCGUAGCUCAGCGUCACCGCCUCCGCCGACGCAUCCGCCUCUCGCGCGCGCCGCCGCGACUGCCGCUCCCGUUCUUCCUCCCGGGGGCCCUGCUGUCUCCACCCCGUCCGCAGCCUCGCACAUUUGGGUUUGAGAUCCAGUCCCUGAUGCUGUUCACAUGAAGGCCGGUGCAGCUGCUUGAGUAGAAAUGGAUAGCAUACCAGGCUCACAAGAGGAAUUGCUUCGAAUGAGGAAAAAUGGUGAGGCAGGAAAGAAGGGGGAAGACCAUGGAAAUGCCUUGAGCCGCAAGGAGGCGACCGAGGAGCUUAUCGGUUGCAUGGUCCACAGUGAGGAGGAGGCAUACAAGCUGUACUGCGACUAUGGACAUCGAAUCGGCUUUAGUGUCCGGAAGGGCAAGCAGUCCUACUUCAUUGGUACCAGGGACAUCCGGACAAAAGAUUACUACUGCUCGAAGGAAGGGCUUAAAUAUGACGAGCCUGUCACAGAAGCGAAUUUCAACCGGCCGGACACAAGAACGAAUUGCAAGGCGAUGGUCCGCUUUAGAGUCGAUGAGAAAGGGCGUUGGACUGUCAUACGCUUUGUUCCCCUGCACAAUCACCAGUUGGCUAAACCUGGGGAGAGGCAUCUGUUGAGAUCCGCGAAGUCAUUUGCUGUUGGAAAAUCAGGUGUUAUAGAUCCAGCAGAAUCUGCUGAAUCACAUGCAAUGAAUGGUUCUUCUGAUAGGACCGUGGGUGAUAUUAGUGAACCUCCAGGCUACACGACAAGGGAUUGCUACAAUCAUGACAACGUGCAGAAUAUAACGCUAAUUGGGGCAGGAGACAGCCAAAGUCUUGUGAGCUACUUCAAGCGUAGAACCAACGAGGAAGGAAUGUUUUAUUGGGAUGUCCAAGUUGAUCAAGAAGGCCGCAUGACUAACUUCUUCUUCAGGGAUGGUAAAAGUAGAAGUGAUUAUGACUGCUUUGGGGAUGCUGUUAUAUUUGACACAACCUACCGCACAAAUAAAUAUAGCCUGAUAUGUGCCCCUUUUGUUGGAGUUAACCACCAUUGGCACAAUGUUGUUUUUGGAUUUGCAUUCCUGUUAGAUGACUCCACAGCUUCCUAUGUUUGGCUAUUUAAAUCAUUUUUGGAGUCAAUGGGUGGCCGGUCGCCAAAAUCGAUUUUCACUGACCAGGAUGAAGCUAUUAUGCAGGCAGCCGAGCAGGUGUUUCCUAACACGCAGCAUUGCUUCUCCUACUGGCAUAUCCUGAAGAAUGCACAGUCUCAUUUAGGCACUGUAAAUACUUCUCAAGCAUUUCAAAAUAUGUUUAUGAAGUGCAUGCAAGGAUGUGACACAGAAAUGGAGCUUCAGGAAUCUUGGGAUGCUAUGCUUGAUGAAUACAAACUACAGGAUAAUGAUUGGCUUAAUGGCCUUUAUAAGUUUCAUAACAGAUGGUGCUCGGUAUUUAACAAAGAUACUUUUGAUGGUGGGAUCAAUUCAUCCCAGUGGGGAGAAGUCUCAAACAAUAUCCUCACUGGAGUUGCUGAUGAAUCUACUUCUAUAACAAGAUUUGCUCUCUUGCUGGAAAAGGUUGUGAAAACACUACGUAGAAAUGAGUCAGAAGAGGAUUUUCGCUGCAGCCAAACUGCUCCAGUUCGUGCAAUCAAGCACAGUACAGUUCUGAAGCAGGCUGCGGAAUCUUAUACACAUAGGAUGUACAAGUUAUUUGAGGCUGAAUUUCUGGAUGGAUGUGGAGCAACUUCAUGUCAUGAAAAUUCCUGUGGUGGAAGCUUAUUGAGGUUUGAAAUAACAAUGCAGGGCAGGGGUUCAAAAAUGUGGACUGUUCUUCUUGAUACAUCCACAAUGGAAAUCUCUUGUGGUUGCGGAAAGUUUGAAAGGAUGGGCCUUCUUUGUUCUCAUGCUCUGAAAGCCUUCAGCCUGCAGAAUGUGGAUAUGGUUCCUGAAAAGUACAUCUUGAAACGGUGGACGAAAGAUGCCAGGAGAAGCAUGUAUAAUCUCAGUCAAGAAGAUUCAACACAACAAGAAUGUACCGAGGCUGAACUUGCGUAUCGCAAUCGCGCAAUGCAGUAUGCGUAUAACCUUGCAUUGAAGAGCCAGGAACUGGAAGAAGCAAGAAAGAUAUUCUGGGACUCCCUUGAAACAGGAGAGAAGGCACUUGAAGUGUUCUUCGAAAUGAGAAAUCUGCACGCUCAAUCUGCCAAAGAUGCCAGUACAAGGGAGAAGAAGAAGAAGAAGAAAAUACCUAAAGGACCAAGCACCAAAAAAGCAAAGCAAGCCCUGGCAUCUUCCUCGGCUGCUCCGGUACUAACCGCCCAAACUAAUGAGCAGCAGUUUCAAUCUGCACAAGAUGCAAAUGGUAAUGCAACCAUUGGAAGAUCAUAUUACUAUCAGGUUUUUCCAACGCCUAUGCAACCAAACCAGAUCUUCAUGCAUCCGAAUACAAUGCCUGUUUGUGCACCACAGGAUUUGUCAGCAUAUGCUGCAGUGCGUCCUAAUUCAAAUUUCGGCGGCGCGAAGAACAUCUAAAGGACACAAGGGUCUGCUAGAUGUGUUUCUUUACAAUUUUUUGUUGGAGAUGGCUACUACCAAGUACCAACCGUUACAGAGGGAUCAUGGUUCCAUAGAUGCUGCUCUUGAGAGGAGCGGCUAUUCUGUCCUGUGCCAUUUCUUUUCUACCGAGGGUGGAGUCUAGGAUUAAUUAGGCAUCCCAUUGCAGUGUGACCUUUUGGGCGUAGGCAAUUACAUAUAGCAUGUAAGCUGUAACUACAAGAGUAGACAUUAAUUAGCUGUUAACAGGACCCCUGGAGGGAGUCCAGGAACCCUUGGCCGAGAAACGCAAUGUGGUGUAAUUUUCAACAUUCAUUUUUUGCCCGAGUUGGAGCAUGAGAAAUGCAAGGCCUUGACAGCCUCUCCAAGCUGACCUUGAAUUCUUUGUGUUGUCACCAAAUUGUAUCUAAACCAUGAUUCUCAGGCUGAUUAUAUAUUUGAUGGAUGGCGCUUGCA